CGUUGGUGCUCGUUGCAACCACACUAUUUCCACAAGCUCUCUCCCUGUUUCUUAUCAUUAAGAAGAAGCAGAGCAUCAGGAGUUGGUAAAGUAGCCUUCUACUCCUAAACUCAAACACGGAAAUGGCCACCGCACCCGCUUUAUGUGGCUCUGUGUUGAACACCUCUUUUCUCAGGAAGCAGCCUGUGAUCAGCACAAGCCUGAAGUCAUUCCCAAACGCUAACGCCAUGUUCGGUGUGGAAGGAGGACGUGGAGGUCGUGUGACUGCCAUGGCCGCUUACAAGGUGAAGCUGAUCACCCCAGAGGGAGAGAAAGAGUUCGAAUGCCCAGAUGAUGAAUACAUUCUUGAUGUUGCAGAGAACCUAGGCCUUGACCUUCCCUACUCAUGCAGGGCUGGUUCUUGCUCUUCCUGUGCCGGCAAAGUUGUCGCCGGCAAAGUCGACCAGUCAGACGGUAACUUCCUUGAUGACGACCAAAUUGGUGAAGGCUUUGUUCUCACCUGCGUUGCUUACCCAACCUCCGAUCUUGUUAUCGAAACCCACAAGGAGGAAGACCUCGUUGCUUAAAUCUUAUCAUCAUCGCUGCCUCUACUUUAUUAAGUUUCUUCCUUUCCCAGCUCCAUCAUGUGUGCUGCCUUUUCUUUAUCUCUCUUGCCAUUUCUGAGGAUAGACACACCCAUUAUGCUUUAUUACGUACGAUAAGUAGCUUGUUAUGCAGUAAUGUAAUUCAUUACUUCCCCUGUAUUAGCACCUCAACAUGUUUUUUUGUUAACUAUAAUAAUCUUUUCCUUACA